AUGAAGGGCAAGGAGGAGAAGGAGGGCGGCGCGCGGCUGGGCGGCGGUGGCAGCCCCGACAAAAGCCCGAGUGCGCAAGAGCUCAAGGAGCAGGGCAACCGGCUCUUCGUGGGUCGCAAGUACCCGGAGGCGGCGGCCUGCUAUGGCCGCGCCAUCACCCGAAACCCCCUGGUGGCCGUGUACUACACCAACCGCGCGCUGUGCUACCUGAAGAUGCAGCAGCACGAGCAGGCCCUGGCGGACUGCCGGCGCGCCCUGGAGCUGGACGGCCAGUCCGUGAAGGCGCACUUCUUCCUGGGGCAGUGCCAGCUAGAGAUGGAGAACUACGACGAGGCCAUCGCCAACCUGCAGCGAGCUUACAACCUGGCCAAGGAGCAGCGCCUCAACUUCGGGGACGACAUCCCCAGUGCCUUGCGCAUUGCCAAGAAGAAGCGCUGGAACAGCAUCGAGGAGCGCCGCAUCCACCAGGAGAACGAGCUGCACGCCUACCUCACGCGCCUCAUCGUGGCGGAGCGUGAGAGGGAGCUCGAGGAGUGCCAGCGGAGUUGCGAGGGUGACGAGGAUGAGGGCCAGGCACGGGCCCAGCAGGCCUGCAUCGAGGCCAAGCACGACAAGUACUUGGCAGACAUGGACGAGCUCUUCUCCCAGGUAGAUGAGAAGAGAAAGAAGCGUGACAUCCCGGACUACCUGUGUGGCAAGAUCAGCUUUGAGCUGAUGCGGGAGCCCUGCAUCACGCCCAGCGGCAUCACCUACGACCGCAAGGACAUUGAAGAGCAUCUGCAGCGCGUGGGCCACUUUGACCCUGUGACCCGGAGCCCCCUGACCCAGGAACAGCUCAUCCCCAACUUGGCCAUGAAAGAGGUCAUCGAUGCCUUCAUCUCAGAGAACGGUUGGGUGGAGGACUACUGAGCUGGGCAUGUGGAGGGCCAGUUCCCUCACCUGGCCCUGGCCCAGGCCCAACAGGUGUUGGGGCUACAGCUCUCAGCCGUAAACACAUAGUCUGUGUUCCUGGAUUCCUGCCCUAUGUCCCUACCCCACCUUUAGGGGGUAACCAGUUUUGCUGCGGGGCCACCAACCAGCCUUGUCCCCUUUCUGGGCAAGAAACAGCAGCCAAGAGUGAGUUGGGCCGAGGCUUCUGCUGUCACCGCUGUCCCAAAUAAAACCUGUGAGCGCUG